AUGCGUGUGUGUGUGCGUGUGUGCGAGCGCAGGUACGGGAAGCCGUACUGGUCGACGUGCCUGCAGCUGGCGGCGCGCAGCGAGGGCUGCGAGGCGUUCGUGCUGGCGCUGCUGCGCGCGGGCGCGGGCGACCUGCGCUACCGCUCGCGCCCCAGGCCCAGCGACGCCGCCCCGCGAUUCACAAAGUUGAUCGCGGAAGCCGCCGCCGGCGACGCGGCGCCGCCUCUCAACGGCGACCUGCACGAUUUCCUGUCGCUGCUGCUAGCGGCCCCGCCGGGGGCGUGCGUGUGUGGGGCGCAGGCGGCGACGGCGGCUGCUGCUGCGGCUGCGGCGGCGGGGGCGGCGGGGGCGGACGCCGGGGCGAGCGGCGGCGGGGCCGAGGACGAGCACGGCGGCGGCGGGGCGGCGGGGCGGGGGGCGGGGAGGUGA